AUGGGGUUUGCUCAUUUGUUUAGCCUUAGAGUUGCUAUCCUGUGUUUGUCAGUCAUUUAUCAUGUGAAUCCAUCUAUCCAUGACUAUGGAAACUCAGCCAGUCAUAGGAGUUGGCUAAGUUUCCUAAAUGCAACAAUGUCAAGUAGUGAGAAAAGGUCGCUUGCUAGCCUGGUGUAUACCAUGUUUAGUUUCGCAUAUGAUGGUUAUAUGAAGCAUGGCUUUCCGUUUGAUGAGUUGAAUCCAAUUGACUGCGUUGGUCGUGGCUAUGAUCAUGAAAAACCUGAUAACAUCAAUGUAAAUGAUGCUCUAGGCGACUAUUUAUUAACCCUUGUGGACUCCCUAGACACUUUGGCUGUUAUGGGGAGAACUGAUGAUUUUAAAGACGCUGUUGGUUUGGUCAUCAAGCAUCUGUCCUUCAAUCAAAGCACAAGAGUUCAAGUAUUUGAAGCAAAUAUUAGGGUUUUAGGAGGUCUCUUGUCUGCCCAUCUUAUAGUGACUGAUCCCGAUGAAAUGUUUGGACAUUUGCGGCCGUCGGAUUAUGACAAUGAGUUGCUGGAUCACGCGCGUGAUCUAGCUAAUAGAAUGCUGAAUGCUGUUCGCGAUACACCAACUGGAAUCCCUUACCCACGAUUUCAUCUUGAUUCUGGUCUUAAAGAUAAUACAACCACUGAAAACUGUCUUGCUGGUGCUGGUUCCUUAUUGUUGGAGUUUGGUUGCUUAAGUGCCUUACUUAAUGAUUCUAGUUAUGCGUCAGUCGCUCGUCGUAUAGUUUUAAACUUGUGGAAGAGAAGAUCAAGUGUAUCAGGUCUCUUCGGUUCAACAAUUGAUGUAGAAACUGGUGAAUGGAUAAAUCAAAUGAGUGGGCUUGGUGCAGGACAAGAUUCAUUUUUCGAAUAUUUACAAAAGGCAUAUGUUUUAUUUGGUGACAGUCAUUUGGGACAAAUAUUUCAAGAAGUACUAGACAGUCUACAGUAUCAUUUACGUACUGGUAGAAAUCAGUGUUUAAUUGGCUCAGGUACACCACCGAUUUAUUGGAAUGUGGAUAUGUAUUCUGGAAAGAAAAUGAACUAUUGGGUUGAUACGCUACAGUCAGCAUGGUCUGGAGUUUUAGUGCUUCAUGGUGAUUUAAGCGAAGCAAUCUGUCAUCAUGCUAUUCAUUAUUUUAUUUGGAAAAUACAUAAUCUACCUCCAGAACGUUAUAAUCUAAUGACAGAGAAACCUGAAUUAUCUUUCUAUCCCCUGCGACCAGAGUUUGCUGAAUCGACAUAUUUUUUGUAUAGAGCAACAAAACAUCCUUUUUAUUUACAUGUUGGUAAACAGAUUAUCGAUGAUUUAAAUAAGUAUACACGAGCUGAAUGUGGAUAUGCAACUAUUCACAAUGUUAUAGAUAAAUCGAAAGAAGAUCGUAUGGAAAGCUUUUUUCUAAGUGAAACAUUAAAAUAUCUUUAUUUGCUGUUCGAUGAAUCCAAUCCUGUAAAUAAAAAUGAACAUGACUAUGUGUUCAGUACACAGGCGCACUUAUUUCCAAUCAAGCGAAUUCGUGAUAUGCUACAAACUCUUUACCAGAAUCCUUUCUCAUCCAAUAAUAAUUCUCAGGGUAAUAAUAAAUCUGUCAAUACUUCCUGUUCCAAUAUCAGAAUUAUGAAUUCUAAGUAUCCAAUGAAUGAUAAUUUAUGGAGGGAGACAGGCGCUUUUGUCAAUUCAAAAUUUAUUAAUUUUCCAGUAUAA